CGCUAUUGCGAAUUCAAAGAUUCGUUUCCGUGAAAACUCACCGGAUCGGAUCCAAGGCUGCUCCGGUUUGCGUCGCUCGGUGUUUCUCUCUCUCUCUCUCUCUCUCUCUCUCUCUCUCUCUCGCUCCGGUUUGCAAUCUGUGUGUCCAAUUCGAUGAUAUCGUCAUAAUCGUGGAAUCAUACCAUGAGGAAGAAACUUGAUACCCGCUUCCCUGCGGCCCGAAUCAAGAAGAUUAUGCAAGCUGAUGAGGAUGUUGGUAAAAUUGCGAUGGCAGUGCCUGUUUUAGUAUCUAAAGCCUUGGAGUUAUUUUUGCAAGAUCUCUGUGAUCGGACAUAUGACAUAACUCUUAGUAGAGGAGCAAAGACUGUUAAUUCAUUGCAUUUCAAGAGGGACAGGGAAUGGAGAAAACACUGUAUACAAAGCUACAAUGUGUUUGACUUUCUGAGGGAAGUGGUUAGCAAGGUUCCUGACUAUGGCCAUUCUGAUACUGGUGCUGAGGUGCCAAAAAGGAGGAAGAUCGCAACGGAUGAACUUAAUGACAGUGAUGAUGAAUGCAAAAGGAGCAGGAUGGAGAUGUCUCAUCCAAGUGGCAGUGGUAGAGGAAGAGGUAGGGGAAGAGGACGAGGGCGUGGACGGGGAGCUCGUGCUGAUAGAGAUCAUCGACAUACUGAUGUUGAAUUUGAUUCCAGUGUAUCUUCUGAGCAUACCACCAUUCAAAACCCGGACCUUGGCAUUUCGAAGGAAAACUGUAUUGAGUCGAAGGACUCUCCUAGACCAGAUGCCAAUGCGACAGAUGGUGACAAACCUUCGGUGAAGGAUGUUAACUUGAAUGCCAACUUAGAUGAGACUGCUGAUAAAUCUGUCACCACCCCUGUAGCUGCUGCAGCUGCACCACCAGCAGCGCCUGUUAACGUUACCGAUGAGCCUCCUGUGCUGACCGAGAUUGAUAGAAUGGCUGUUGACCCGCUCCAUGUUGCGCAGUUCAACUCAAAUGUCGAGGAGGAAGAGGAAGAUUACGACGAGGAGGAGUGACGCAAUAGAAUAAGAAAGCUAGGGCCUUACGUUUGUUCCGUUAGAGCAGCAUCAGUUGCAAGCCCAAAAGAAUGAAGAAGAGAGGGAUGAUGCCUUUUCUUCUUCAUUUCGCUUCUAAUAUUAUUCGUGUCUUUUAUAUCAUUAGCUCAGUAGCUCCUGUAAUCACAAUAUUUGCUAUCUUAACUUUAGGUUUAGAGAAAAGGUCGAGCUUUGUGUUCGAUGAAAAAAAUGUUGUUAUCAUGAUUGCUGUUGUUAAUUUUCUAGUUAAAAACUUUACUUAUCAGAUUG